AUGACAGAGUAUAAACUGGUUGUAGUUGGAGCGGGUGGUGUUGGGAAAAGUGCACUUACCAUCCAGCUAAUACAAAAUCAUUUUGUGGAGGAGUAUGAUCCAACGAUUGAGGAUUCCUACAGAAAGCAAGUGGUGAUAGAUGGAGAGACAUGUCUGCUAGAUAUACUGGACACCGCCGGUCAGGAGGAGUACAGUGCCAUGCGGGAUCAGUACAUGCGGACAGGUGAAGGCUUCUUGUGUGUGUUUGCUGUCAACAACACCAAAUCUUUCGAGGAUAUCAACCAGUAUAGAGAACAGAUUAAAAGGGUGAAGGAUGCUGAGGAAGUACCUAUGGUCUUGGUAGGAAACAAAGUGGACCUCCCAACUCGGACAGUGGAACAGAAGCAAGGCAAGCAUACGUCAGAAGUGUUCCAUAUACCGUACGUCGAGACGUCUGCAAAAACAAGACAGGGUGUGGAUGAUGCUUUUUAUACAUUGGUCCGAGAGAUUAGGAAAUAUAAAGAAAAGAAGGGUAAGGAUCGCAAAAAGAGAAAGCUCGGGGCUAAAGGUGGAAAGCUGUCUUGUAGACUCUUGUAA